AAACACUAUAUGUAUAUGGAUUUAGAAAUGAAUUCUACAUUAAACCAUUACAUAAACGGUGACUUAGUUUAAUUGUAAUGACAACUGACUAUGUUGUUCUCUAUGAUUCAUUAAAUAGAUCUUGCAAGUUUGUCGAAGCUUCCGAAGUUGAAGCGACUUUCUCUGGAGAACAAUAUGGUGAAUGAAGACAUUAUCAGUAUUUUAGGCAAACUCCCGUCCCUUACAUCUCUCGACCUAUCUGAGAACCAGUUAGAAGGACCACUUUCGAAGAGAGAAUUGGGCAAUCUGAGCAAAGUAGAAGUGCUUAUUUUGAGACAUAAUAAACUUAAUGGGAGCCUGCCAAUUCAAGAUUUAAAGGCUUUCACAAACUUGAGGAUAUUAGAUUUGAGCUGGAAUUUUUUCAGCGAUGGCAUUCCUCAAUCUAUCAGGGCACUUAAUUAUCUAGAAGCAUUAUCUUUGUCUUAUAACCAACUUAAUGGCUCCUUACCAAUUUCAGGUUUGUGUAGAUUGAAGAGGCUUCAUGAAUUGGAUCUGAGCCAUAAUAGUUUUGAUGGAACGCUUCCUCCAUGCCUAGCCAAUCUGACAUCUCUUCAACUUUUAGAUGUCUCUGCCAACCUUUUCAGCGGAAAUCUUCCCUCAAAUUUGAUAGAAAGCCUCACGUCCCUCAAAUACAUUGAUCUCAGUCAUAACCAUUUCCAAGGCUCAUUCUCCUUCAGUUCAAUUGCAAGUCACUCCAAGCUUGAGGUAUUCAUGCUCACAGGCUAUAACAACAACCUGAAUAUUGCAACGCAAACUACUGGUGGGAUCAAUCCAUUGUUUCAACUCACGGUGUUGGUACUUUCUGAUUUGGGUCUAAACAGUAUUCCCAAGAAUAACUCUAUCACCGGCCAAUUCCUUUCCCCUUCAUAUACAAUGAGAAACGUUGUUUGGUUGGAUCUCUCAGUCAAUCAACUUCAUGGUAAGCUGCCAGAUGAUUUUGGGGACAAACUUCUCAGCUUAGAGUAUCUCAAUUUAUCUGGGAACUCUUUCAAAAAGAAUCUUCCGUCUUCGCUUGGUAAGUUGAGAAAUUUGGUUAAGUUGGAUUUGGCAUUCAAUAGUUUCUCAGGUGAAGUGCCGAAGGAAUUGCUUGUGGGGUGCACUUGGUUGGAACAUUUGAGGUUAUCUUACAACAGAUUUAGUGGCCAAAUAUUUACAUCUGAAUUCAACUUAAGUAAUUUGAUUCAGCUGGAGUUGAACAACAAUAAAUUCAUGGGAAGGCUAUCUCAUGUGAAGCUUGAGAUAUUAAGCAUAUUGGAUGUUAGCAACAACGACAUGUCAGGUCCAAUUCCCAGCUGGAUAAGUAGCGUGAAUUUGAUACUUGCCAUGGGCAACAACUAUUUCAAUGGCCAAAUUCCUUGUGAAGAGCUUUUGUCCGCACAAUUUGUUGACCUUUCUAAUAAUCGCCUCUCUGGUCCUCUACCUUCUUGCUUUGAUUUCUCCAAAAUCGAUCAGAUUCAUUUAGAAGGGAACAAUUUCAGUGGUUUGUUACAAAACUUUCUUCCCAAUUCUUCAAAUUCUCUUUCUGUGUUGAAUUUGAGAGAUAAUAGUUUAUCCGGUGGCAUUCCUUGGCUGAUCAGUACAUGUGUGAACCUGAGACAUCUUUUGUUGGGAAAGAAUCAGUUGAGUGGUUGGAUCCCAAAAACAUUGUGUCUACUGAAAAAUAUAAGCAUAAUGGAUCUUUCCAGCAACACUUUCUCUGGUACGGUGCCUUCCUGUUUCCACAAUUUAACCUUCGGGAGGGUGGUUCUGAAUUACGGUGAAACUCUUGCACAAGAUGGAUUUCUUAUUUCAAACGACUUCACUGAUCAAGGUUGUCUUUAUGGAGUUCUACUGAAGAAGAAUCUGAAUAUCCACAUAGAUAUAGGGGCUGCUGGACAGGCUGUUACUGAUAUUGUUACAAAAAACAGGGCAAGUUCUUACAUUGGUAAACGUAUAAAUCUUAUGUCUGCUCUUGACAUGUCCUGUAAUGAUCUGAUUGGGGAAAUCCCUGAAGAGUACGGGAUGUUAUCUCAGAUUCUUUCAUUAAAUUUAUCCCAUAACCGGUUGACAGGUCCUAUUCCAAUCACUUUCUCGAAGCUAGCCCAGAUCGAGAGCAUGGACCUUAGCUAUAACAAUUUGAGUGGAGAAAUUCCUCUAGAAUUAGACAGCCUGAACUUCUUGGAGGUCUUCAAUGUUUCAUACAACAACUUAUCGGGUGAAAUACCCACAACUAAAGCACAGUUUCUAACAUUUGAUAAGAGCAGCUACGAAGGAAAUCCAUUUCUCUGUGGACUGCCGUUGGCAAAAAACUGCACCACUGAAACCAACCUGCGGCAGGUGGAAGCGCCUUUUGGUGAAACUGAAUCGAAAUGGUAUGAAGUUGAUCCUUCUGCCUUCCUUACAUGUUUUUUACCAGCAUACCUAGUGUUUUUUUUGGGGGUCGUGACUGUCCUCUGCAUCAACCCGUAUUGGCUAAAAUUAACACUUUCUUUCCUCGGAUGCCGUUCGUUCAGGCUACCUAGAUCUUUCUAGAGGUACACAAUUUCGCUAAUGGUCGGAACAGAUCUUUGAUUUGCGAUAUCCUGUUGUGGUACUGGUGGAUGUUUUAAGGUCUUGUGUUAGAAUAAAGGCGUGAACGACCA